ACCUGGGGGGGAUGAUUGUACAUGCCAUCCCCCCCACCUUGCGAGGUGGGGGGGAUGCAUCCCCCUCAUCCCCCCCGUUGUCUACGCCCCUGACACAGUGGAGGCUCCGGGACGAGAGGCCAAGGGCCCCGGCGGGCGGUGGAGGAGAAGAUCGACGUGACAUAGGCGUAGCACUAGCAAUCGGCAAGCGACAACGGAAAGGCACUGUCGACUCAGGAUCAGAAUCAGACAUGCGAGAUGAAUCUAGUUAUGACCCUUCUUCAGAAGAUGAAGUGAUCUCCAAUACUGAACAGCAGCCAGAUGAACGGGAUAGUGAUGAGCAUGAAGUUGCAGCAAACUACGAUGGUACACAAGAGAUCGAAGAUCCCGGCAUUACAUCAGAUGAAGCCAGUUAUGACCCUUCUUCAGAAGAUGAAGUGAUCUCCAGUACUGAACAGCAGCCAGAUGAACGGGAUAGUGAUGAGCAUGAAGUUGCUGCAAACUACAAUGGUACACAAGAGAUCGAAGAUCCCGGCAUUACAUCAGAUGUAUCUAGUUAUGACCCUUCUUCAGAAGAUAAAGUGAUCUCCAAUACUGAACAGCAGCCAGAUGAACGGGAUAGUGAUGAGCAUGAAGUUGCAGCAAACUACGAUGGUACACAAGAGAUUGAAGAUCCCGGCAUUACAUCAGAUUCUGAAGAAGUAGAGACUGAUUCAUCCUCAGAUGAAGAAAGUGAUGAAGAAAUCGGUCAAAAUAAUGGAUUUGCUGAUUUGCUGGAAGAGAAUGCGAAUGUGCCCCUUUUCCAUGGUUUACAGACGUCAAAAUCAGAAGCACUUCUCAUGAUUCUUUCGUUUGCUAUGCGUCACUGCUUGUCAUCUGUAGCCCUACUCCAUCUGUUUGAAUUGUUCAAUGCCAUUUUUGAUCGAAUCAUCUUCAGUUCCACCAAAGGAAUUCUGAAAAAGAUUUUUGGAAAGGAAAGUCUACAACUUAGCUUUCAUUUUUAUUGUUCGUUCUGUUUUAGUUAUGUUCAAUUAUUUCAGCCAGAUAAUGACCCCAUUUUACCUUGUCCGACUUGUAAUGAAGAUUGUUUUGUUCGGGAUUUAACUCAAAGUAAUUUUUUUAUCACUGCUGAUUUGACCAGUCAAAUUCGCACACUACUAGAAAAGAAAGAUAUUGCAAGAAAUCUCUCCUACAGGCACACUCGACAAAGGACACCUGGAAACAUUGAAGACAUUUAUGAUGGAAGUUUUUAUAAAGAAAUGUCAGCAGAAGGUAAACCACUGAACAACAAUCACAAUUUGUCAUAUAUAAUAAAUUCAGAUGGCCUACCUGUAUUUAAAUCUUCUAAAUAUUCUCUUUGGCCCAUCUACCUUAUGAUCAAUGAGCUACCCCCAAAGAUGAGGAUGCAAAAUUUAAUACUUGCUGGAGUUUGGUUUGGUAAAACAGAGCCAAAAAUGGAAAUGUUUCUAAAUAAAUUUGUUGAUGAAGCAAAAUUACUUUCUACUGAAGGAGUAUUGUGGAGUCAAGAGGAUAGAUUAGUACAAACCAAAUUGUUUGCUCUGUGCUGUUGUGUUGAUGCUCCUGCCCGCGCAUCCAUGCAGAAUACAGUGAGGUUUAAUGGUUAUUUUGGAUGUGGCUUGUGUUUUCAUCCGGGCAAACUUGUUGAUCGAACUGUUAAAUAUCCUAUUGAUGUAUGCGAUUAUGAAGAUAGGAAGGACAGUGAUAUGUUAGAGGACAUGAUCCAAGCUAGACAAGAAGGUAGGAAUGUAAGAGGUGUUAAAGGUCCUAGUGCUUUCAUAAAUCUGGAAUAUUUUCCUAUAUCAUGGGGUUUUCCGGCAGACUUUAUGCACUGCUUGCUUUUGGGUGUUGUCAGACAAAUAGCUGAAUUGUGGUUUUCUUCUGCAGGCUUGCCUUAUUAUAUUGGGUCUCCUAGAAUAUUAUCUGUGUUAAAUGACCGUGUAAAGUCAAUUAAACCCCCUAGUUUUGUUGCAAGGGCCCCCCGAAUAAUAUCGGAUAGGAAAUUUUGGAAGGCCACAGAGUGGUACAUGUGGUUGCUUUUUUAUAGCUUGCCAUGCCUGAGUGGGAUUUUGCCAGAUAUUUAUAUGAAUCAUUGGGUAAUUCUUGUUCAAGUGUCAUUUUUACUACUUCAAAAAUCUAUAUCUCCUGAAGAGCUCAACAGAAGUGAUAUGCUUAUGGUUUCUUUUGUUGGCAGGAUGCAGAUCUUGUAUGGAUCUGCAGCCAUGACGUUUAAUGUACAUUCUUUAUUACAUUUGCCAAAAAGUGUUAGUAUGUGGGGUCCUUUGUGGACUCACUCUUGUUUUCCUUUUGAAUCUUUUAACUGGCGUAUAAAGCAGCAGUUACAAGGGUACAGAGGUAUCAUUACACAGGUCAUGCGCAAGUUUCUGGUUUUGCAGAAUCUUCCAAACUGGGUAGAGAUUUACUCAUCAUCACCUUUGCCUUCUGACUUUUGUAAAUUAAUGUUGAAUAAAAGAAAAAUAGAAGACACAAUAGCUGAAAGAUUUGGGAAUAUAUAUGUUUUGGGAACUGGUAAAUAUCGUGAUAUCACUAGGCAGGAAAUGGAUGCUUUGCAGAGAAGUGAUUUAUAUGUCCAAGGGUGUAAUGGAGUUCAAGAAUUUCAAAGAAUGUAUAAGAAUGGAAUGUUUUUUUACUCUACAAAAUACAGGGUUCAAAGUAUCCAUAGAAAUAAUAGUCUUAUGUUACUCCCAGACCAGAGAAUUGGAGAAUUACAGUGUAUACUGAAUUAUAAUGAGCAAUGUAUUUUGAUUAUUAAAGUCAUGAUCAUUAGAGAAGAAUUCCCUUUUGUAGACCCAAACACCGGGUGCAAGUCACAUUUGAGAAUCACAAAUAACUUUGAACCAGAGAUCCAGAUCUUUCCUGCAAAUGCUGCACUAGGAAAUUGUGUAAGCAUAGUAAUAGAUGGUAAUCGUUUUGUUGGAAGAUUUCCUAACUAUGUAUCAAUCAAUUAAAUACAGGAAGUGAGUAGUUUAUAUUGUUUCUGAAAAUUUUCCCAUUUUCGCUCUACUUUGAUUUAUAUUUUUCUUGAAUACAAUUCCAGACCUAGCUCACAUAUUCAAUAGUACAUCAAUACAUAAUCAAUACUUCUACAGGAAGUAUAAACGGAAAUUGUGUGUUUACUUACUCCAACUUUCUUGAGGAAAUAUUACUCAUUUUCUUCUAGCUAUUAAAACCUCUGACGCACACUGAUAUUAGGUUUUUUUUUUAUUCACUACAUUCCUCCACACUAGCCGGUCCUCUCCCCCAUUCAGUGUACAGUUAUGACAUAUUGGUUGGUUUCAGAUUUACUAUACUACAUCAGUUUUCAGAGUUUAAUCUUCAUCUUCAGAGAUUAGUCACCAUUAGACUGUUUUGUUAUUUUUCAUCAAGUUAUCAUCUUGAAUAACUAUGAAUAUACAUCUUGUAUUCUUCAAAUAUGCUGGUUGAAAGUAAAAUACAAUCCGACAGCUACAUAAUAAAUUAUAUGCAUUUUAUUUUGUCAAAAAUCCUCAUUUAAAUCAGUGUUACAUGACAAUUAUUACCAAUCACCAUUCAUUGAAUUUGAAGAAGAGUAUCGAAUUCCAUUACUGUAGUUAUUUUUUUCAUAACGUGGUCCAAGUACAUCAACUUUGAUUGCAAGAUGUUGUACCUGAGGUAAUGCAAUAAUAACAUCAUAACUACAGCAAGUUUGACCAAUGUUCACUCCGAAUUGAAUAUUAAAGCGCUUCUUAAAACAUAUGGAAUUUCAUGGAGCUCAAUGUACAAUGGAAAUGUAUUUUCUGACACAUUAAAAGUUGGCAUUUUUCACUUCUCAGGAAAUAAGUUUUGUGGUAUCACCUCCUAGCUUGCUCCUCAUUUUUGUGUGACUGCUACACUUUAGUUUAUGUAGGAUUUUACAGAACAUAGUUCAAAGAUUUUUUCUUACAGCAGAAAUGCUAAUAAAACCUGAGAAGUAUUAUUCCUUGCUUCUUUGUACAUGUCAUUGUCUAAUAAAUUUAAGGAGUAUUGUAGCUGAUUUGCAAGAUUUAUUUUUCUUGCUCUUUGGCAAAAAUGAGCUGCUACCAUAACAACCAGUUUCAACACAUUGAAAAGAAAGUUUAUAAGGAUAUCAUGAUGAAAGGAAUUAUUAUAUGUCAGCCUACUAGUGAUUUGCGAAUGAGGCAUAUUGAGGUUUCUUUUAUUACAUUCGAAAAUAUAUAUGGUAUAUUCCCUGGCUUAAAUUGCUCAGUUCUGUUGAGCAGGUGAUCAUUUUCAAGUUGCAAGUAUUAUCAAUAUGUAAAUAAUGUGGUCAUACAUGUAUGUAUGUGGUUGGAAAAAAAAGUUUAUAUGGCAUUAUGAAAUCAAAAUACAUUUUUAAAUGCCUAGAAAAUUAUGAUUGGCAAUAUUUUGGAGAAAGGCAAUGUUUGUGCCAAAUUUAAUGAUGAUUGUAUAUUAGAGCUCAUCAAUGGACAGACUACCAAUUCCUCUGUCCCACAUACCAACUUUUUUUAAAUUAAUUGAGGUUGUGUAGCAAAUAGCUCCAGAAUCAAGUCCAUAGAUUUUUUUACAAGAUUUAAACGUGCGAGUCAGUCUAUUCACAACGGGGGAGGGGGGGGGGGGGGGGGGGUCAAUCACAUUGUGGAAAUAAAGAAAUUACUUGAUGGAAUAAUUGCAGCCACGUGCAUGUCUAUUUUGACUGAACAGGGUACUUGUAUUCAGUGCAUUCUCUGUGUGUGUGCAAUAUGCUGCUGAUAAUACAUGUCUUAACUUGUAUAUUAUUAAUCCUUGUCUGUGUUUACUGCUCGAAUUACUAGUGCCUGCACACUUAUGUAUGUUUGUUUUUUAUUGUUCGAUAUAUUGUACUUUUUAUAUUUGGUUUUAUCACUGAUCUGACAGAAUCAAUUAAAUUGGAGUAAACUAAAUACUUUUUGUUAAAUGUUUUUACUGUUUGUCAACAAAAUUCUAGGCAAACCUACCUUAUACCUUAGCUUUUCAUCCCAUUUUUUGUAUUUUCUUUGUUCAAUAAGCCUCUUAUGGAUUCA